CCAGAAGAGGGGAUUGUAUUUUACUCUAGUCAGGGACUGUCUCUCCUCACCCGUCAGGUCUCUCAAUAACUCAUUCAGGCGUUUAACACAACUCGUCUGAGCAGGAUAACAUCAGAUAAAGCACAGGGAAUAAGGGAAGAGCUGUUAGACGUCGGACCAUGCUUGAGGGAUUUUGGAAACUUCUUUGUAUUUUCAUGUUUUCCUUGCGUGCUUUUAAAGCUUCAGCAGCUAUUUAUCAGGUUCCAGUGAGACUGCAGCGCACAGUGUCGGAACACAACACUGGAGCAAACACACUCAACAGGAACUGGUGCCAGUACACAGUACAGAAGACCGUUUCAUGCCAGACACAAAAUGGGACAGAGACUGUUGUGCAGCGACUGUUUCAGAGUUGCCGAUGGCCUGGACCGUGUUCAAACCUCAUCAGCUACAGAACUCUGGUGAGACCCGUGUACAGAGUGACCUACAGGAAAAUCACUUCUCUGGAAUGGCGAUGCUGUCCAGGAUUCCAUGGAGAAGACUGCAGAGAGGAGUGCAUGAACUGUACUGGUUAUGCUGACAUCAAAGAGCGCCUGAGUGUCAUUGAAGCUCAGAUAAUGUUAUUGAGAGAUACUGAGGCACCCCCUCUCUCUCAGCCCAGCCCAUCACCUGAGAGAACAGCUGAUAAUGAAGUGGACAGGACACACCCCUCACCAAUAACACCCAAUGCCAUUGGCCGACCAGGACCAAAAGGGCAAGCAGGACCUGUUGGGCUGCCAGGUCCCCCUGGGCCUCCUGGACCUCCUGGACCUCUAGGAAAGAUGGGGUUUUCUGGAAAGCCUGGCCCUACAGGACCUAGAGGACCUCACGGGCUGCGAGGCCCACCAGGUGAACAAGGCCUUCCUGGGCCACCUGGGCCCCCAGGGCCCUUCUCCAUCAGGGGAGAUGUUUUCACUCUAAUGUCUAAACAACAAGCCCAGUAUGAAGAUAGUGACUUUGCUGCCUAUCGUGACACGCAGGCUUUACUUGGUCCUCCUGGGCCCUCUGGCCCUCCUGGUCCACCAGGGCCUGCCGGACCACCUGGACACCCAGGUGCUCCAGGGAAAAAUGCUGCCUCAAGCUUUUCAGGCACACCAGGUGACAGGGGACCCAAAGGAGAUCCAGGAGAAAGAGGUCCACCUGGAAUAACAGGAAGGCAAGGGCAACCUGGUGUUCCAGGUCCUAAAGGUGAGCCGGGAGAGACUCCAUCAGAGGUGCAGCAGUUGAGGGAAGCGCUGAAGAUCCUGGCCGAGAGGGUUCUCAUCCUAGAACACAUGAUCGGCAUUCAUGAUACUCUGUUGGACUCCGGCUCUGGAAUAGAUCUCCUGGCGGACUUCAUGCUAUCAGGCAGUGCUAAAAAUGUUGCCUCUGCCAAACCCUCCUCUCCUCUUACAUCAGACAGAGAGUAGCCGAACUGUAUUGGGUAUGGAGAGUAAAUAACAAUCACUUGUGACCACAAGGCCUUUAUCCCCUGUCUGUUGCUUUCAAGGACAAAUCCCUCAAUGGAUUUGUUUAUGAGUAUGAUAAGAGAGGCACUGAUCUUUUCUAUUUUAUUUACUUUUUUAAUUUUACUUUUAUUUGCAUUUUGCAAUCACUGUAUUUACCUGUCAAAAAUGUAUUUUUAUUGCCAUUCACAACCUUUUUUUCUUCGACAGCGUGAUAUAUUUCAAGGGCUGGCCUUUCAUUUUAGUCAUCAGGAAAUGAUCAGACAUUUAAAAGUGGGUGUCACUCACCAGAAAGGAGUCGGACUGAAUGUGAGUUCGCUAAAAAGAUGGCUAACUAGCUAUUUCUGUAUUGGUUAGAAGUAUUCAGUAGCAUGUGAGGCAUAGAUGGUGUCAACAUAAAAAAAGAGUAUGUUAUAAAAAUCUGGUUUUGUGUCUAUUUACUGUAGUUUGUUUCUUUUAUUAUAGUAAUAGUGAGGAUUUUGGAUGGGCAGGUUGCCUGGGUUAAUUAAUCAAAAAGACGAUACUUGAUUAUAUAAAAAAACGCUUUCUUGACACUAUUCGCUUCUUGAUGGUUUUUAUGUGGCAUGAAUAAUGAUUUAAUACCGCAGUCAUUCAAGCUGAAAAUAAAUGUUUUAUCAUAAAGACAUUCCAGAAAACAAAAAGGCCCCAUUUUUCUUGUCAUUUGCUUUUUGUUUUCUGAUUGAUGACCUAUAAUGACCUCAUGCACAUAAUUAUAUAUAGCAGCCUUAGCCGUGGCUUUGUAUAAAAACAAUUCUGUCUCAAAACUCACAGCAAGCAAAAAAUAGACCAGAAUACAACUUUAAAACCACAUUCAACCCUUUGUCUGCGUAGAAAGUGUAACGUCUACCACAAUAAAUUGUGUUUACACCUC